AUGCAUGCAAGUAAGUUCAGACCAGCUGCUCGCCGGAGUAGCCCUUUGUCGCCGUUCGUUCUCAUCGCCGUUCAAUUACGCCAUUCCGACGUCGGAACUGCGUUUCCUCCUUGCGUCGCCAUACGGUUCCUCCUUGUCAUAGCCAAACUCCUUGCUCGAAGUUCACGUGCACGUGACAUCCACGUUGACCUCCCCCAAAACAUAUAUAUUUUCCACCUCUCACUCACUAUCUCACUCAACCACCAAAACUCCACACUUCACAACCACAGCUCUAUUAUGCAGAAGUCAGCAAAGCGACCCAGGCACGACGGAGCUCCGACCGCCCACCCAUCACCGGCACCACCACCACGACGACCACGACGAUUCACCCCGGAGCAAGAGCUCUCUAUUAUGGUCACCGCCCUCAAGAACGUCAUAGCUGGUGGCGCCUCCUCCACCACUCACGAGUUCCUACUCUUCCCGGCAAUUGAAUAUUGUAAUUCUUCUUCGCCAGGUUCCACUACAUGCAUGUCCAGCAGUACCGAUCAAUCCGAUACGAUCUUAAGCCUCUCCGAACCCGACACGUGUCAGUCCUGCAAAAUCAUAGGCUGCUUGGGUUGUGAUAAUUUCCCGCCGAUUGUAGAAGAGGUGGUCAAGAAGAGCAGUACUAGUACUAUUACUCGCCAAGUGAUCAAGAAGAAAAAGAAGAAUUACAGAGGUGUGAGGCAGAGGCCGUGGGGGAAAUGGGCGGCGGAGAUCAGGGAUCCGCGGCGGGCCACUCGGGUUUGGCUGGGCACGUUUGAGACGGCGGAGGACGCGGCCCGGGCUUACGACAAGGCCGCCAUUGAUUUUCGGGGACCAAGAGCCAAGCUUAAUUUUCCAUUUCCUGAUAGCACAUACACAUUGGGGCAGAGCUCAGAGUCGACUCAGAAACAGGAAGGAAAUACCAGGAAAAGGGAAAUGUCGACGGAAAUGGAAAUGAAGACGGAGAAAGGAAAGGAAUUCUGGGAAGUGAUCGGAGAAGAUGAGAUUCUACAAUGGAAUGUCAUCUGACUCGGCUACUGGACACAUUCUUACAAAUUCUUUGUGUAGUACUAGUGUCUAAUUAACUAGUUACAUAGUUACAUUCUUUCAUUUCAUUUAUAUUCUUUCCUCUGUUUUUGUAACGGAAAAUUGUAUAACUAGUAAAAAUUUUACAUUAACUAGUUAUGGAUUAUUUGAUGAAAUUAGUUCAUAGUAAUUUUUUUUUUUUUUUUUUUUAAUUUAUUCUUUGUAUCUUGUCACUACGUGACCAACAAAACAAUGAUAUGCCAAUUAACAUCGAAUUUUCUGCUACAAAGCUUAUU